CUUCCAGCCUCUUUCGAUAGCGCAAGGAGCCUCCGUCGUGGGAAGAUGCCCACGAACAUCCAUUGGCCAUUGGUGGAUCCGCAGAAUUUGUGUCGGCUCAACUACCUACAGGGCAGCUGCUCCCGCCUGUCAUCCCCCCCUCCUUGCCAUGCUACACCGCCACCCUCGACUCAGGGGAGAUAGGCUUUCCAUUUGACGAGGGCGGAAGCAAGCGCAGUUAUCGAACCGAGAGUUUGUUCGCUCGAAUCGAUCUACCUGUAGGCCUGUAACAGGUCCCAACGCUCAAAGUAUAUGAGGACAGGUCGAGGAUGCUCGAGAGAUACCAUCCUUCGGGGGUUGUGUAGGACGGCCUCUGUCAAGCUUUGUACCUCGAACCUCGAAGUAUCCUCGACCUCAACCUUGAUUUUACGAGCAAUGAUCUUUGAAACACCUCGCCCUUGCCAUAUCAUCGCGCUCCCAACGCCGAUGGACGAGGACGACCUCGACCUCUCCUGCCCUCCCGCACCUUACCUUCCAUCCUGUUCCAACUUUCACUCGCCGAGCCCAGUCUCGCUCUCGAAACAUCGGUUCCGCUUCACACCACCGCUCGACACCGACUGCGAGACGCCCGUUUUCGAGCAAGUCUACACUGGUGAAUUAGGGUUGGGGGGAAAUGUGCUCGGCCUCUUCAUCGAUGAGAAGGAUAUGGAGAAGGGGGUGCUUCAAGCUGCCAUUGAGCGGAUAGAAUACGACUCGCGGUAUUCUUCGGUCUUUGAGGAAGAAGACGAAUACGAUAUCUGCUACGACCUGAGCAGUCCCCCUUCCUCACCACCCGCGCUCAUCCGGCGCGGAUCCGGGUACACCUCAUCCGACGUUUCAUCGACCGGCGAGCUCUCUCCACCGCUCUCAACGUCUAGAUGGUCCAACAAAUCCCUUGCCUGCGAAGAUCUCAAGGAUGAUGUCGAGAUCUUACAACAUGGCAUGGAAAUGGACCGGGACAUGCGCUCGGACGAGGAGGAAAUCUCGUUCGACUCGUCUUCCAACUCCAUGGUCUGGCGGAUCCCGGCCUACCUCCGCGAACCCGACUCCUCCUGCACCUCAUCGGCAUCGACACCAUCCUUCUGCUCCCUCACACCAGUACCUUACGAUACCAUGUACUCGUACUCGACAUCGGAUGCCUAUCCCGACGCCGAACAUGCGCAGAACCUCUCGACAUCGCUUGAGAGCCUGUCGGUCCCCUCUGCAUGGAGUCGUCGACCAGAUGGAGAGGGACCAGCCAAACGGAGGAAGCUGGAACAUCGUUCGGCCAGGAUCAUCAACGGGUCUCUCUUCUCAUAACCACAAUCUCAUUGCGCUUGGCACCAGUCAACACCGGGUAAUAUCUUGUAGCAUACUAUCAUUCGUAUCAGGGCUUUUCGUUGUUUUCGGUUUUCU